AUGUUACGCAGGCAUGAAGUCGACAAGUUCACAAACCGAUUGAGAGUAUUUCUGGAAGCAUUGACUCGAUAUGUUGCGAUUCCGUUACGACUCGUACAUCGUUUGUUUCAUACCCUUCUGCAACUAUAUUCCCGUAGGCGUCGGUCUCUGCCCGUUCGAAGAGAAGGACAUGUAGAGCAAGUUGCUGGCUCAUUCCAGCCCUCCCUCCUUCCUCUGAGCAACACUGUGCAGCUACAGGUGCCACCGCCGCUAUCAUCAGGGUCCGCGGCCAACUCAUUCGUCUCCCUAUUGCCAGUCCACACUCCUUCGACAUCAAUUAAUCAGGGCCAGCAGCCGCUUCCUGCAGUGCCAGUCGUCCCCCAGAGCCAGUCUGACUUCUGGCCAUUCACGCCCUCCCAGGGUCGCAGCAAGCAGGAAUCAAAAAUUCUGGUUAUACCUCCCGGAAAGAGAGAGUAUUCGGACCCACGAGAAGACAGUGGCGAAUGGUGUGCCUGUGUACACCCUGAAGGAGCCCUAUACUUCCAUGACCCCUUGCGCGGUAUUUAUACCGACUCGUCCAUGCGGAAUGAAACACGUCGGAUUGGCAUGAAUAAUUUCAUAAAUGAGCUACUCGCUCGUACGACUGAUGGAUUGCAGCUGCCCAGCGAUGAUGUCGAGCUUGUGGUCGAGUUGACAAGGAAACCCAACAAUGAUAGGGUAUACAGAUACUAUUUCGUCGAUCAUCCCAAACGUUUGCUUUUCUGGCUUGAUGAGAUAUCCACGGAAAGGAUAUUUGAUGGAGUUCUGGGCGUCGAGAAGUGGAGUCAUAUCAAGUAUGCUAUCCAUCAUCAGCAACACUGCGAGCUGUAUCCAAGUGACAAACUGCCAGGACUUCAGUUGCUCAAGGAGCUCAAGGAAGUCGUUGUGUAUGCUAGCGCUGAGAUUAUUACGACGGACUUGUCGCUGUCGCCCUUCGACGGCGAUGAGUUAUCAAAAAUUCUGGAUUUGACUGAUCGAUUUGAAGGCAAACAACGUCCAGGGCGGGAUGAUUGUUUUGCAGCCAGGUUCAUGCGCUAUUUCUCGCGAGCUCAAUUUUUCAAUUUUUGCGGACUCCCUGAAGCCCGUUUAAACGCGGAUCAGUCUCUUUUUGCCAAGGAGAAGAGGUCAAAGUUCAUAGUGGCUUUUUCAUGGGCCAUCAACGUUGCACUGUUCGAUGCUCCGCGGUCACAUAUGGAAGCACUCCGACGAGUGUGGGUCGACCGCUCCAUCAACUCUCCGCGCUGGAAGAACUUCAAUAGCAAGUUGAGCAGUGAGUGGUCGGGCAUCACGAUGUUUUCAACUGUAAUGCUGGCAGUGGACGUCAGUUUCCUAGCUGUGCCUUCCGUCAAUCUCCAGGAUGAGCAUUCGGUCACGGUUAUCAGCACAUACAUUUCCUUGUUUUGCAUCGUCGGAUCGCUGGUUGUGUCCUUGUUUCUCACUAGACAGAAUCAGUUGCAUGGUCAGGAAUUUGCCGACACAGCUGUUACGUUCCUCAUGCGGGUAACAGGAUCUGUGUUUGGCACUAAAUCUCUUGCGAUUGUCCACGGACUUCCGUAUGCCAUGUUGCUGUGGGGCAUGGUGUAUUUCGUAAUUGCAUUCUCUUACCAGGUCUUCACGUCCACGCCCAUCAUCACUCUUGCCACCACUGGGAGCGCAUGCGGCGUUGUGGCGGUUUUUACGCUGUGGCUCGUAAGCGCGGCCAGGGAUUUCCACAUCUUGCCAUGGUUCCAGACGUGGCUUGCUUGUUUCAAAGACAAAUGUCGGAUACUUCAUCCGACGCGGCCUUAA